CCGACACGAGAGCACUCAAGAUGAAAACGACGAGCAUCCAAGCGUUCAUCAUUUGUGCGACAUUAGUCUUCAGUGUAGAAGGUCGCGUAGAUCAGAAUGCCAUGGCCAAAAAGAUCCUUGAUAAAAUAUCCAGUUUCCUGGUCCCAAAGAAAGCGGCGGCGCCCCGGGGACCGGCAGGGGGCAGUGGCCCCCCUGGAAGCGUAGCAGCAACAGCGGUCAAGGGACCAUUGGGAUUAAAGGCUACAUCAAGGAUGGCGGCAACUGCAAAGAAAGCGGUGGCGCCCCGGGGACCGGCAGGUCGCAGUGGCACCCCUGGAAGCGUAGCAGCAACAGCGGUUAAGGGACCAUUGGGAUUAAAGGCUACAUCAAGGGUGGCAGCAACUGCAAAUGGCGAGCCACCCAACUUGGACUUUCUUUUUGUUCUAGACAGCAGCGGUAGUAUUAAAGCUAAGCAUUUUGACAAGGCCAAGAAAGCGGUACAGGCACAAGUGGACAUAAUUGAUCUAAAAUCGAAGAUUUCACAAUCUGGAACCCACGUUGGACUAAUAGAAUUUUCAUCUCCGGCCAAAACUCAUGUGGAGUUUACUCUACGCCAAUAUACUAGUGCAGCGGCCAUCAAAGCAGCUGUCGGAAAAAUCAAUUACGACAAAGGCAGUUCAACAGCUACGGCUGAUGCACUGAGAUUGGCCAAGAAACAUUUUGAUCAACAUGGAGUGAGGGAUAAUGUAAAAGUAUUGUGGGUCAUUACUGACGGGCAGUCAAACAGAGGCGGGAAUCCAAAAAUCCCAGCAGACGAGCUGAAGAACAAUGAAGUAGAGAUUUGCGUUGUAGGCAUAGGAGACAGAAUAGACUGGGACGAAAUCAAGGACAUUGCACUGCCUGACUGUUACUUCGACAUGGAAUCUUAUGAACAGAUGCUACAAAUCACAGUGCUAGCACGGUCAAUGGCCAGGAAAGAGGCUGCUACAAAAGCUUCACAGGCCAAGAGGGCAUGGACACUCGCCGUAAACAAGGCAAAAACGGCCACGGUGGCAAAAGCAAAAACGGCUACGGUGGCAAAAGCAAAAACGCCGCCAGACGCUGCAGCGCUGGCGAAAGCGGCUGCGGCAGCGAGAGCGAAAGCGUUGGCCAAAGGAAGAGCGAUCGCAAUAUCAAAGGCCAAAGCCGCUUCGACGGCGAUCGCAAAAACGUUUGCGAAAAUGAAUUCGAUGGCAAGACAGCAAUAGCGUUACUCUGCAUAUUGGAAAAUUAAGCAGUUGGUGCACGCCUAUCAAAAAUGGUGGAUAUAAUUUCUACGAAAAACUUUCUUUUAGAGAUAAUAAUAAUUGAAAAGUUAUCCAACUGUCCCAAAACAUUGCAGGUCGCUGAAAUAUUAAAUUGGGUACUAACAUGUCCACAAGAAAAAAAAAACCCUAACAUGUAAAAUUAAGUAUAAAAUAGACCUC